AUGCACGACGCUCAGCUCUUGGCAUUGGCGCCGCUGGGCCUACUGCUCGGCGUACCGUUGGGGAUACUGAAAGAGAAGCUACGGAAACAUUCCCUCAAGCGUUGGCUACUUGCGCUUGCUCCGUUUGCCCUCGCACCAUUGUUAUCGGUUCGUGUUGGCGCUGUAUUGGCGGGAAGUUACUUCGUUGGACGGGUGUUAGGCGCGUCGCUGGUCGGAGUGGGGCUCACGGGAGGCAUUGCCACAGGAAAAUCUACGGUGUCGAAAGCUUUUAGUGAGGCAGGAGCUGUGAUCGUGGACGCCGAUGUCGUGGCUAGAGAGGUGGUUAUGCCUGGACGCGGUGCCUACAAUGAAAUCGUUCGCUAUUUCGGGACCGGGGUGCUCAAUGAAGACGACGCAACCAUCAACCGCGCGAAGUUGGGAGCAAUCAUUUUUAGUGACCCUGCGCAACGGAAAAAACUCAAUUCUGCUACGCACAAGUACAUAAUCUGGGAGAUGUUCAAGCAGCUCGUGUAUCAACGUUUGGUGUGCCGCAAGCGAUUGGUGAUAAUCGACGCGCCGCUGCUGUUCGAGACCAAAUUGCUCGAGGAUUUCUGCUACCCCACAAUUGUAGUGGCAUGCUCGGAGAAGAACGAGCUCGUGCGACUCAUGAAACGCGACGAUAUUAAACGAGAAGACGCUGAAAAGCGCAUCAAGUCGCAGAUGAGUCUUCAUGAAAAAGUGUUGAAGGCGCACCUAGUGAUUCAGAACGAUGGUUCCUUAGAUGAUCUGCUGAUCCGAACGCGAGAAACUCUUGAGCGUACUGCCUAUUUGGUCGGAGGCUCACACGAAAUUCGUGGCGAACUGCAAUUUUCCUAA